AGCACGUGACAGUCUGGACCAGCACGUCAAUAUGGCUGCAGCACAACAAGCCAUCUACUGGCUGGGUAAUGACACCCUGAGGGUGUCCGCUGCCCUGUUUGCAGAGAACCGUCGGCGACUGUGCAGUGGGCUUAAAGCCAAAGAUGGAGUGGUGCCACAGUCAGUGGUGGUGCUGCAGGGAGGAGAGCAGAAGCAGAGGUACUGCACGGACACAGACGUCCUUUUCAGGCAGGAGUCUUUCUUCCACUGGGCUUUUGGAGUAACUGAGCCUGACUGUUACGGCGCCAUUGAUGUGGACUCUGGGAAAUCCAUCCUUUUUGUUCCCAAACUGCCUGAAAGCUAUGCUACUUGGAUGGGAGAGAUCUUUCCUAAAGAGCACUUCAAGGGGAAGUAUGCUGUUGACGAGGUGCACUACACCUGUGAUAUUGCUGAUGUCCUGUCCAACCUGAAACCAGCAACUCUCCUAACACUGCGAGGACAGAAUACAGAUAGUGGGAGCAUCUGCCGUGAAGCCUCCUUUGAAGGAAUUAGUCGCUUCCAAGUGAACAACACUCUUUUACACCCGGUCAUUGUGGAAUGCCGUCUGAUUAAGACUGAUAUGGAGCUGGAGGUCCUGCGCUACACCAACAGAAUUUCCAGUGAAGCCCACAAAAUGGUCAUGAAGCAUGUGAAGCCUGGACAGAAAGAAUAUGAAAUGGAGAGCUUGUUCCAGCACUAUUGCUACAAUAAAGGAGGGAUGCGCCACACCUCGUACACCUGUAUCUGUGGAACGGGCAAUAACUCCUCCAUUCUCCACUACGGCCAUGCCGGGGCCCCAAAUGACAAGACAAUUACGGAUGGAGACAUGUGUCUCUUUGACAUGGGGGGAGAGUACUACUGCUACUCCUCAGAUAUCACCUGCUCCUUCCCAGCCAAUGGCAAGUUCACUCCAGACCAGAGGGCCAUCUAUGAGGCCGUGCUCAAAUCCUCCAGAACUGUCAUGGCUGCCAUCAGACCAGGUGUGAAGUGGACUGACAUGCAUCGCCUGGCUGACCGGGUUCACCUGGAGGAGCUGGUGAAGAUGGGCAUCCUGAACGGCAGCGUGGAGGACAUGAUGAAGGUCCACCUGGGCUCCGUCUUCAUGCCCCACGGCCUGGGACACCUGCUGGGCAUCGACGUGCACGAUGUGGGAGGAUACCCGGAGGGGGUGGAGCGUAUUGAAGAGCCUGGGCUGAGGAGUCUUCGGAUGGGCCGCCUGGUGCAGGAGAGGAUGGUCCUCACCGUGGAGCCCGGCAUUUACUUUAUCAACCACCUGCUGGACCAGGCCCUGGCCAACACUGCCCAGAGCUGCUUCAUCAAUAACCAAGUGCUGGCUCGCUUCCGCGGCUUUGGAGGGGUUCGCAUUGAAGAUGACAUCGCAGUGACAGCUGACGGCGUAGAGCUGCUGACCUGCGUCCCUCGCACCGUGGAGGAGAUUGAGGCGUUCAUGGCUGAUUCUGCAAAACCCUUCAGCCCCAUCAUCAGCAGUGAGAAAUUCUGAACGACGUGUACCAGUAAAGCCUGAGCUGUACGCUGCGAUGUGUUUAAUUACUGCAGCUAAACAACAAACAGUAUUCUUCAGUAGAACUGAAAUUUUUACUUUCACUCUCAUAUCAAACUGAUAGAACUGCUACACAAUCAAGAUUAUUGCUGAGCAGUAGAAUCAACACAUGACAACAAGUAAAAAACCUGAGACCUUUCAUACAGUAUCUUUAUAAAGCUUUCUCAACAUUUGGAAAAUGUUAGCAGCCACUUUAAGAGACAAAAUCUACCUUAAGUGUUUAAUUUUGUGCCACCUGAAAUCAACCUUUUUUAAAUGAUUCUUAUAUUUUCCUCUUUGUAAACAUUGAUUCAUAAAAAAUGCUGAGAAAUAAAAUAAACACUUUAAUUUGCAA